AUGGUUAAAAUCAACUUCAAGGACUUCAAAAAGCAGGUUCUGGCCCUGGAACUGGACUCAGGCUCCACUAUAAGUGAGGCGAAGCAGAGAUUGGCGGAAAACAAAGACUGCGACGAAUCUCAAAUCAAACUCAUCUACUCCGGCAAAAUACUUCAAGAUGACCGCACGAUAGCAGACUACAAGCUAAAUGAUGGCGACCAAGUAAUAUUCAUGAUAUCCAAGAAGAAAUCAACCACCACUAAAACUACGGUUCCUCCCUCCGAGCAAAAACCAGCAGAGCCCUCUGCUCCUUCGAGUUCAGCGGCUUCUGCGCCGUCUGGAGAGAACGCGGGCACUUCGGAGCAGACCAGUGCGCCUGCUGCUGCUGCACCAGCAUCUUCUACAGCUCCCACUGAUCCAGCGUUUGUGACUGGUUCCCGCCGCGACGAGACCGUACAAAGAAUUAUGGAGAUGGGAUACGACCGCGAACAGGUUGAAAGAGCUUUGAGAGCUGCCUUCAACAACCCAGACAGAGCGGUCGAAUACCUACUCAUGGGGAUCCCAGAACAUCUACAGCAAACCCAGCAGCCACAGCAACAGCAACAGCAACAGCAACAGCAACAGCAACAGCCGGAGCCCCAAGCACAAGAAUCGCAUGAGACCCAGCAGCCCCAGGAACAUGAGGAGCAGCAGGCCUCUUCUGAUGACUUGUUUGCACAGGCAGCCGCUUCUGCCGGUGGUGAAGAAGGCGGCGAUAGUGCCCGCGCUCCAGGCACCAUUGGUCUGACCAUGGAAGACCUUCUUUCUCUAAGACAGGUUGUAACGGGAAACCCAGAAGCUUUGCCUCCUUUGCUGGAAAGCCUGAGCACGAGGUACCCCGAGCUGCGCGAGCAAAUCAUGACCAACCCUGAGAUGUUUAUUAGUAUGCUGCUAGAAGCUGUCGGCGGCUCACUUCCAGAAGGCAUCAUGGAGGGCGAUGCAGGAAUGGAAGCCGGUGCCGAAGGUGCACUUGCUGGCGCUGAUGUGGAGGGCGCAGAGCAAGCCCCACAGCUCGAGAUCUCGCCACAGGACCAGGAAGCCAUCUCGCGGUUGUGCGAGCUGGGGUUUGAAAGAACUCUUGUUGUCCAAGUCUACUUUGCUUGUGACAAGAAUGAAGAAAUAGCCGCAAACAUGCUUUUCAGCGAGUAUGCUGACUAA